UCUCAUUGCCUCGUUUUAUUUCCUAAGUGUGAAGCCGUGCUGAAGAGUGGUGGAGUGUGGAGGAAUGCAAGCCAAAAUGCAGACUCGUGUCAGAUGUAAUGGGAGGAUUUUCCUGGCUGUUUGUAUAAUCCUCUUUAUGGGAUACACAGCACAAGGUGUUCCAGUGCAGAAAGCAAGAUUCCAGAGGGUAAGAUGCAGACCUGACAUCUCGUCUGCUAACUGCAUUGAAGAAAAAGGACCGUUGUUUGAAAUUUCUGAAAGUGGAGCUAACAGAAUCCUCCCUCCCAAGGCUGAUCCAUUUCUGAUGAAGAGAUUUCAGGAGCAACCUGAUAUUUUCUCGCUUUAUGGUGAGGAAUCUGGAUCUGGGGCUGAUGACACACCUGAAACAGAAUCAGAAUCUGGGUCAGGAUUUGAUUACAAUGUUGAGUAUCCUAAAUUGUCAUCUUCUGGCUUGGUGCAAAAAGAGGAGUUGAAGCAGGAACUAACAAAUGAAGAUUUCAUGCUGUAAGAAAGAAGACUUUAUCUCUAUCAUGACGAUUAUUUACAGCACUUCUUCUGUGUUGUAUAACUAAGUGAUUAGUCUUAGGACAAACAGUUUUAUAAAAAUUAUAAUCUUUACUGCUUUUCUUCGCUAAAAAAAUCUUUGUUAAAUGUGACCUUACCUAAAUUUAUAUGUGCAUCUUAUAUCUAAGCUUGGGAUGUCUCUGAAAUCAUGGGAAGAUGGAAUCUAAAAGAUCCACGAUAGUCUUGCUUGAGACAAAUAUUAGUAUAGAAAAGAAAAUGACUGGAAAAUAUUAGGUGUGUGUAUUCAAGCAGCAAUCCAGGAGUCACAGACAUACAAAGUAAUGUAACUAAAAGUAAACUUCCCCAAACUUUUUCAUUGCUCCCCCUAGAUAAUUUUCCAUAGAAAGUACCAGUAAGCUUCUUUGUGAAAUUAAUUGUUUGCUAUUAUAAAAUGUAUUCCAUCUUAUACAAUAACUAAUAUAAUGUUACUUUAAUAAUUGGACUUUUUAUAACACCCAGUGGGCCUCAAUACAAUAUAUAAUAUAAUUUUGGCUGUUCCUGUUAAUAUAAAUGACAUGGUCAUGUAGGUCCAAGAAUCGUGAUUCCUACAUUCCUUCUGUGUGACUAUUACUAAAAGUGGUUAAAGAACAACUGCACUUGUUAUAUUUUAAAUUUCUGGCUGAAUAUUUUUCCUUAUAUUUGCAUCUACUCAGUUGUAAUACUAUUAAAAUUUUAAUGUAACCAAA